CGAUAUCUUAGGGAUUGCUUAUCCUUUUGAUCGAAGUUGGGCACAAUCAGACUUUGUUUACAUACCUCUCAAUACCGAAAACCACUGGGUACUACUAGUUUUGAGUGGUUCCUUUAUGUGCAACAGCAGAAAGGCAGAUUCUUUACGCGAAAUUAGGUCUUAUGUGCACAGCAUUGAGUGGUUCCAGCCAAAAAUAAUGGACAUGCAUGGAGUGUAUCAAGAAAUUGGACAGGAGCCAAUGAAUGACCAAAAGAUUGAACUGGAAGUUGUGGAGGACUACCCACAACAAGAUGAUGGAGGGAACUGUGGCAUGUAUGUUUUGAAGUUUGCUGAAUUUCUUAUGAUGGGGAAUUGGGGAUGGAUGUAAAAGAGGUUGCCUCAAU